AUGUCAGAUUGGAAAGUGGAUCCAGAUACCCGUAGACGCCUUUUGCAGUUGCAGAAGAUUGGUGCGAACAAGAAAUGUAUGGAUUGUGGUGCACCAAAUCCACAAUGGGCAACGCCUAAAUUUGGAGCAUUUAUUUGCCUUGAAUGUGCCGGUAUUCAUAGAGGCCUUGGCGUGCAUAUAUCGUUUGUGAGAUCUAUCACCAUGGACCAGUUUAAACCGGAGGAGCUACUUCGCAUGGAAAAAGGUGGUAAUGAACCUUUGACCGAAUGGUUCAAAUCGCAUGAUAUUGACUUGAGUUUACCACAAAAAGUGAAGUACGAUAAUCCCAUUGCAGAGGAUUACAAAGAAAAGUUAACAUGUCUUUGCGAAGACAGAUUAUUUGAAGAGCGUGAGCAUUUGGAUUUUGAUGGUUCGAACUUAUCAGCAGCCUCUCCUGCCGCUGCCUCCGCUACGCCUGGUGUUACUCAAAGUCGAGAAGGGACACCUUUGGAAAACCGUCGCUCUGCAACACCAGCAAAUUCAGGUAAUGCUUCCAAUCCUCAAAAGGAGAAGAACGAAGCUUAUUUUGCUGAGCUAGGCAAAAAGAACCAAUCUAGGCCUGAUCAUCUGCCCCCUUCUCAAGGUGGUAAAUAUCAGGGUUUUGGCAGCACACCUGCAAAUCUUUCACAAGAACGGUCUGCAGGGUCCGCCAAUACGUUGAGCCUGGAAAAUUUUCAAGCAGAUCCUUUGGGAACAUUGAGCAGAGGAUGGGGCCUCUUCUCCAGUGCAGUAACUAAAUCUUUUGAGGACGUAAAUGAAACGGUUAUUAAGCCUCAUGUCCAACAAUGGCAAUCUGGAGAAUUAUCGGAAGAGACGAAGAGAGCAGCCGCCCAAUUUGGUCAAAAGUUCCAAGAAACAAGUAGUUAUGGGUUCCAAGCAUUUAGUAACUUCACUAAAAAUUUCAAUGGUAGUGCAGAAGAUAACUCUACUGCAGCGAAUACGACCCAUACAGGAUAUCAAAAGAUUGAUAAUACAGAUAAGACAAACGAACAGGACGAAGAUAAAUGGGACGAUUUCUAA